UUUCCUGCGCAGGGCGGACCCGCGCCGCGCCUCGCCUCACCCCGCCCCCCGGCCACCGCCCGGCCCCGCCCCGGCUCUCGCGAGACCGCGCCCCGUCCCCGCCUUGCCCGGGAGCGAAGGGCGGUGCGGCACUGGGGCGGUGGGGCGUGAAGCAUCCUGGGUAAUGUAGUUCCCAGCUGGGGGCCAGGCCGUGGUAUGCAGGGGGCGGGGUAAAGACAGUGGCUUAGCCUAUAGCGGGGCGGGGGCGGGGGGACGCCAAUGGAGGUUCGGCCCGCCAUGUUGGUAAAGGAGGCGAGUAGGGGGGCCGCCAUCUUGUUGAGGGGAAGGGAGCUGUCUGGUGAAGCGAUUUCGCUCGGCUGCACGGUGGGGGGCUGCGCUGCUUUCUACCACAAGAACGUCAAUGGCAACUUCGCUUAGCACGGUCUGGGGCACCGCCAGCCACGGCGCUUCUGAGUGCAUGGGUUCUCCUGAGCGCUUAUGUGGGUGCUUGUUCCCCCUAGCAGCAGACUCUUUCUCCUUCGGCGGGCCCCUGUUCUGCCACCCCCCCCCGGAGCAGUACACAGGGUUCUAAAGAAGGAGAAGCAGCAGGUGUCGUGGCAGUGCCCAGCAGCGUGGUAGGCGUCAUUAAUCCAUCAGUUCCCUCCCUGUAGCUAAACUGCCAUUAAAAAUUUUUAAGAGGGAGGCUUCUGGGAAGUCCUCACGACCUGUAAUUGCUUGGAAGUUCAGAUUGGCCCUAAUGCCUUUUGUGACAGGAGUGAAAAGUAAGCAUCGGAGAGGGUAAAGCAAUUACAUAAACUCCUUAAAUAAUCUGGUCUAAUUUAACUUGGAGUAUUCUGGUACUGCCUCAUUCUGUGUUCGGAGACUCAGCCUCCUACCCGGGUGUUGUCAGCCAAGCAGUUAUGGCUUUCCUGGAUAGAAGCAGAAAUCUUAAAGCCUUUCAGCCUUUCUAAAUCAAAUUAGUGUCUCCUCGAAAACUCUGAAAACUUGACUUCUAAAACUUCUAGCAUGGUUCCUGAUAAUUUCUUCGCAAUGAUCAUGUAUGCUAAAUGUCUUGGCAGACUUGCCAUGGUUCUAAAAUGUGGAGAAAGACUGCUGCCUUUUUAUGCUUUUCUUGAAGGUGAAUUAUGAAGGGUUUUCUUUUUAGUGAAUAAUGUGCUAUGAAAGCACAAAUACAAAAAAUAAAGUUUAGUAUCAUGUUAUGAUUUUUUUUUUCCUUUCCCUCUAGGUUUUCUUUAGAUCCAACGAGAAUAGGAGAGUGGAUAAUGCAUAUGCUUUGUAAAGUCCAAAAUGUUGUGCCAAACAAACUUACUCCCCUUUGCUCAAAACACUUUGCAUCCUCUUGUUUUCAUCUAACUGGACAAACUACAUGACUUAGAAUAGAUACUGUUCCAAAGACUUGUCUUCAUAUAAAACUCAGGAAAACUGUGAAAUCUUCCUUGGCGGAAAGAUGUUUAUAUCCAAGAAGGAACGUCCAGCUUCAAAAGGAGACAGUAAGAUUGAGAAAAAGAAAGAAGAAUCAUAUUCAAACAGAAGGCAGAGCUUGUACAAUGAUACAUGGAAAUACUUGUAUCAUCAGAAGCUUAAAAUCAAAUAAUAUUUCACCAAGAGAUAUAUCUGAGCAAAUUAUAUUAAAUGCGUUAAGGAAUCUUCCCUUGGACGAGUUAAAACUACAAGAUAAAAAGAUGAGAUAUUUAUAUGAGAUUAAAAUCAGAUAUUUUGUAGAAGACAAUUUAGAAAAGCUUUUCAAAUCAAAAAGCACCUGUAAUCUUUCCUUUAGUAUUUAUGAUGAGUUAAUGCUAAAAUAUGAAUGAGUCACACUGAUAUGCUCUCACUCACUCACUCAGUGAUGGGAAAAAUCUCCUUUUUAUGGCUGUUUAAUUCUUCAAUACCUACCAGUUACUAAUGAAAACUUUAAAAUCUGGAAGAUGUUAAAAUGUGAUUUUUUGUUUUCACGUGUCUGCUGGAAGAGCUGGUUCUAUGAGUUUAGUCUUUCCCAAAAUGCAUACAAAAAACAUUUUUCUUUUGGAAGAGGCUUUACUUUUAGGAACGUAAUCGCUGCACAUAACUUUGGAUGGAACACACUUACUCAUGUAGCAGUUAACUUCCUCCUGUUAGAUGUUGCUAAAAAGAAUGGCAGUUUCCUCUCGGGAACCUCAGCGCCGUUUCCUUUAUCCCUGGAGAUUUACAACUGAAGAUCCUGUGUUGGUACUUGGGACGCUACAGAAGCCUCUUUGUAAGGACCCAUAGAACUGAAUGGGACAUUGAGGAGAAGUAAGCAAGCAAGGUCAGAAAAUGAACCACAGAACGCAUGCCCUCUUUAAGGCAAAGGAGACUGUAGCCUUUUUCUGUUGAGUUUGUAUUGUACUUGAAGCUUGUGCUUGUCCAUCUAGGCCAAGGUUAACAACAAAGACUGUGAUGAGUGUGUAAUGCUUUUUUUGCCCUUUGAUGGCACGACUGUGUUUCUUAAUUCUUCAAAUUGUGUACAUGGCUGAUCAAAAUGAAGAACCAGGAAAAAAUCUUGUACUGUUUUCAUUUCCCAUUCUACCAUAUGCACAUAAUUUACUAAUCAAAAAUAUUUUGGCAUUUAAUUCUUCUUAAGAUAAAAGAUUAAGAACAUCAUUAUUUAUAGGAUGUGGAUGCUACAGCCAAUUUCAUGUUAGAGACAUUCACCAGAUCAGCUAGUCAAACAUGCAAUCUUUUCUGAGAAUUAAAACAGUCGUCCCUUAGAGUGUUGUGUACAGGGAUAGUGUACUCUGCAACUUCAAUACCAAUUUGUGACACUGGGUGGAUCUCUGAAGUCAGGAGAACAAGAAAAGAAAUCUUUAAUUGGCACUGUCUUGGCAUAAGAAGAGUGGAUUGGGCUCCGCCCUGUUUGUUACCGUCUUGAUUUGUCUAUUUUUCAUCAUCUGCUUCAUAAGAGGACGAUUUGCUGUGGCAUCACCAUACUGUUUGUGACUGACAGAGUGGGAGUAAAUUAUCACGACAAAGCAGCAGAAUAGGCAGUUAAAUAUUCCUUCUGAUGAGAAACUUCAGUUGCUGAAAACACUGGGAAUCUGCAACCCUUUGUCACAGGACUUUAAAUCCUCUUGCUUUUGAAAUACUUUUUCUGCACCAGAUCUACUGGACUUAACAGGAGUCUUGAAAGACUCUGCGCUGGUCGUGCUUUGCAUCCUAUAGAUCUAGGUAAAAGAACUUUGCAACGUUCCAACACUUUAUACAACACAAUCACAGAAUGGUAGGGGUUGGAAGGGGCCUCUGGAGAUCAUCUCGUCCAACCCCCCUGUUUG